AUGGGAAGUGUGAAGGCCCUGAAGGCAUCGCGUCCUUUUCACUCGCUCUCGGCGAGCCUUCCAUGUGCUGCCUUCCUCAAUGUGCAAGUGCUUAAGACCGCGGAAAACGGAGACCGGCAAUGGCAUAGUACCAAGCUCAUGCAUGCAACGAGCUGUUGUGGAACAGACUUCGAACCAACAACCCAUUGCAAUCGCGAGGUCGUUCUCUCCACAGCCUCGAGAGCGCACCCCGGAGAAGGAGAUCACUCUGGCCAUGGAAGCGCGACGGGCGACAUCGCUGACACGCCGAGCCGAGAUCUCCUUCUCCGGUGA